AUGAAUGACAGUGAAAAUCCCCCCGAUCGAAUUCCUUAUCCUCUCUCUAUAGCUCUUGUGCUAUGUGGAUGUGCUUUAGUAUUUUCCCUGAUUGCCUUCUCAAAAGGGAAUCCUGCCGCUCUUUUAGGACCAAUUGCGAAGUCCGGCUUCACUGCAGCAUUCUCGUUGAUUUUUGUUUCAGAGAUUGGGGAUAAGACAUUUUUUAUUGCUGCAUUACUGGCGAUGCAGUAUGAAAGAAUACUGGUUCUUUUAGGGUCCAUGGGUGCUUUGUCUCUAAUGACAGUCCUGUCUGUCAUUAUAGGACGGAUAUUUAAUUCAGUGCCUGCUCAAUUUCAAACUACUGUCCCUAUUGGAGAAUAUGCUGCUGUUACACUUCUGUUAUUCUUUGGCCUGAAGUCAAUCAAAGAUGCAUGGGAUAUUCCAUCUGAUCCGGCCAAAGCUGGUGACAAGAAUGGUAAUGAGCUUGAUGAAUAUGCAGAAGCUGAGGAGCUUGUAAAGGAAAAGAUGUCAAAGAAGCUCACAAACCCUCUUGAAAUUUUGUGGAAAUCAUUCAGCCUCAUAUUUUUUGCAGAAUGGGGAGACCGCUCUAUGCUUGCAACAAUAGCCUUGGGUGCGGCACAGUCUCCAUGGGGGGUGGCAAGUGGAGCAAUUAUAGGACACCUGAUUGCCACAUCGAUUGCUAUAAUGGGCGGUGCAUUUCUUUCGAAAUAUAUAUCCGAAAAACUGGUUGGUUACGUGGGUGGAGUUUUGUUUAUUGUCUUCGCUGUUGCCACAUUUUUUGGUGUCUUCUGA